UCCAUCUUGUUUAAGGCCUUUCUCUUAGUAAAAACAAAUCCUCCUCGGUGACAAAAACAUAACCUAAUUGACAAUGUGAUCCUAGCGCUGACGUAUAAUUUACCAGACGAUAAGAAACAAUCAUGGCCGCGGCCAUUGUUGGAUGUUUGGCUGUGGCCAAUAUUUUGGUUUUAUCUGUUUAUGGACGAGCUACAAAAUAUGGAAAAAUUGACGUAGCUGAUCUGCCAAGAUUAUUUGAUGAUGGUGCUUUAUUUGAUGAGAUCUACGAUCAAAGAAGUGUGUUUCCAGUACCGGAAAUGGUCCCUCACUGGCCCGGACAUGACGUCAAAGUGGGUCAAGUAGGCGGCGUAGCAGUUGACAGUAAUAACGAAGUAUUAAUUUUUCACAGAGGAAGCAGACAAUGGAAUUACAAUUCUUUCGACCUAAACAACAGAUUUGUCGACCCUGAAGGACGUGGAUCCAUUAAAGAGAAUACUUUGGUCAGAGUGGAUUCCAUCACAGGACAUGGUAUUGAGAGUUUUGGCGCCGGAAAAUUUUAUAUGCCUCAUGGACUGACUAUAGAUAAAGAGGGAAAUAUCUGGGUCACAGAUGUUGGUUUGCACCAGGUCAUGAAAAUUCCAAAAGGUUCCCAGGAACCAAAUUUAACUCUAGGUGUUCGUCUUACACCCGGAAAUGACGACACACACUUCUGUAAGCCCACCGAUGUUGCCGUAGCUUCCAAUGGCGACUUCUUUGUUUCAGAUGGAUAUUGCAAUGGUCGAAUCAUGAAGUUUAAUAGAGAAGGGAAGUUGUUGCAUCAGUGGGGUAGAAUGUUUGAAGGACCAGUAAGUUCUGCUGGAAACGAAGAUUUCUUUAUUCCACACAGCGUGACCCUUAUAGAGUCACGUGACACGAUCUGUGUGGCUGACAGAGAACAUGGAAGGAUUCAGUGUUUCUGUGCUGGUCUAAAGAAUGCCAAUGAGACGGGUCAGUUUGUAUCCAGUAUAAACCACAGAGAAUUCGGAAAAGUAUUCGCCAUUUCCUAUGAUCCAAACUUGGAUGUGAUCUAUGCUGUAAAUGGCCAAGACUACCGUGUCUCCGAAGUGGUCGGUUUCACUUUAGAACUCUCAGGAAAUAUUGUUGAAAAAUGGUCCCCUGCAGGAUUGGGUUUUCAGAUGCCCCAUGACGUAGCUGUCUCCCCCGAUGGUUCCAGUAUUUACGUGGGUGAGGUCACGCCUGACAGAAUUACAAAGUUCAGAAGACUCUGAUUCCAAAAACAUCUUGUUAUUUGUUUGAAAGAAACAUCGUGUUACAUAUUCUUUUCAAUGUUCAGUGUUGUUUUGUCAACGUUCAUUACAUCUAAAAAUUGGCAUGAAAUGAACAUGAAUUUGAGAAAUCGUCCACCGAUAUUCACCAAGUAAACACAAAAAAUUCUAUUAUAUGUGAACUGUAUGUACAUGUAUAUCCCGAAUAACAAAUGCUUUAGAGAAAAAAAUGCUGUUCCAUUAACCUUCCUUGAAAAGGGGGAAAAAUUCAAAGGUUUAGGACCAUGCAGGUUUAGGACCAUGCAGUUUCAUAUCAUUUGCAAUUCGCAAAAUAUAUUUCAAUUGUAAUGAACACAUCUAUACAUGUGUUUUUAGCACCACGAAAUAUUCGAAAAGCAUAAUUGUUGCUUUACUGAAUUCGGAGUGAUAUCGCCCAUAAUUCCUAAAUGAAACAGCAACAUUUACUUUUCCGUACCGAUUUUGACCGUUUCCUCCAUGGUUUAAUGAAUGGAAGAAAAGUCUGAUGUCACGAAUAAGGAAUAUUACUGUGAAUUGUAAAGUUAUUUUUUUUUUUGUGUUUGAGAAAUCAACAAUAAGUAUAAAGCGGCUUUAAACUACUUAAAGUUUAAUUAAACUGAUUAGAUGUUUUAAAAUCAUCUGCUGGAACAGUUUAUAUUGCCUUUCUCUAUGAUUAUUCACUGUAUUCAAAAGCUGUGAAACUAAUUGUUGAAUGUACAGGGUUUGUUACUUCAUUAACCUUUUGUUGAUGUAUAAUUGAUAUUAAAGAAGUAUACAUAAUUAAGCAGCUGCAAAAUCUAGUCAAUGUUAAAUAUGGAUUUUAGUUUGAAAUAAAGGUCGUUGUUUUGUUGCAUA